UGAAAGUGUAAAUUUUAAAAGAGAACAGUCCAGACCUACAACCUGUUGACACUGUUUGUAAAACUUUUGUUUCUAUAUAAUUACAAGAAGACUUUCAAGCACUCUUACCUGAGAAUCGACCAGACUAUUUGCAAUCGGUUUCACUGCUAUUGAUUCCAUUUCCAUGGAAAUAGUUUGGAGCGUUGAGUCUGGUUGUCAUGCACAAAAAUCGGAGCCAUCGCCAGUUGGAUGCGCGUGAAGAAUAGUGGAAAGUGGUGACGAGCGACGUGGAAGCACAUAAGUGGUGACGUGAAUCCCCAGCGGAAGAUGGGACCUAGGUGAUGACCACUCACACUGCCCAUGCCCAGUAUCCACAAACGAUGGACAACGAAAAUGAAAGUGCGGGCAAAGAAGUAUUAGAACACUCCUCAGAAUCUUCAGUUAAAGCCCUUCAGUCAGCAUUAUUCUUACCACCUUUGUCAAACACCGGCAGCUAUUUUUCAAAUUUCUUAGUAAAAUCACCUUUUGAUGAUGACGAUGAUAGCAAGUUCAAGCUGAAAGACGUUACAUCCAGAGAAUGGUUCGUCAAUAGCAAAGAGGCACCAUUUAAUACUCAACCCCCAAGAUGGCCUACGGAAUGUCAGGUUUUAGAAGAGCGAGUUCAUCAUAUCAGCGAUACUCCUCCAAGCUUUGAGCCCUACUAUGUUCCAACUGGGAACGAAUGCCAACCGAAACCUUCAGGAGAAGAACUUGGGACGAUUGUUUUUCAAUAUACACCUAUUAGUGCAGUUAAUUAUUUCAGUAGGUCCAGCGUGGGAGGUAGCAAAUAUAUUCUUUCGACGCUUUCCUUUCCCGAAGAGGACACACUUAGGUUCGAAUCCCGUUUUGAAUCUGGAAACCUUGCCAAAGCCAUUAUGAUUACUCCGAAUUACUACGAACUACAUCUAAGGUCUGAUAUGUACACCAAUAGACACAUGCAAUGGUUCUAUUUCAAGGUCAGCAAUGUCAAGAAAGAUUUUUUAUACAGGUUUUCGAUAACAAACUGUUCCAAAGAUAGUAGUUUAUAUAGCGAGGGUAUGAGGCCACUAAUGUAUUCAGUCAAAGACUCGCAGUUACAUUCAAUUGGAUGGAGGAGAUGUGGUCAGAAUAUUGCAUACUACUGCAAUGAAAACGUUACACCAGAGGAUCCUGACCAGCAGAUGACAUACACCCUGACAUUCACAGUGAAGUUUCCUCAUGAGGAUGAUGAAGUGUACUUGGCUCACUGCUACCCGUAUACCUAUUCUGAUCUUCAAGACUACCUUUCAGAAUUGUGUUCGCAUCCUGUUAAAUCCACUUUCAGCACAGUUCGAUUACUUUGCAAGACUUUGGCUGGGAACAACGUGUACUACGUUACCAUAACCUCGCCCUCUACACCAGGAGAUGCAAAGAAGAAACGUGCCAUAGUGAUCACCGCGCGAGUUCAUCCAGGUGAAACCCCUUCCUCUUGGAUGAUGAAAGGAGUUCUGGACUUCCUGACCGGCGAUUCCGCGCCUGCGAAAGAGCUGCGCGAUAAGUUUGUAUUCAAAAUCGUCCCAAUGCUCAAUCCUGACGGAGUGAUAGUAGGAAACAACAGAUGCUCCUUGAGCGCCAAAGACUUGAACAGGCAGUACCGAACCGUCAUUCGAGACGCGUACCCUUCUAUAUGGUACACCAAGUUAAUGGUUAGAAGACUCCUGGAAGAAUGUGGUGUUACUAUGUACUGUGAUCUUCACGCCCACUCUCGUAAGCACAAUAUCUUCAUUUAUGGGUGUGAAAAUAGGAGAGGAGGUGACAAGAGACUUCAAGAGCAAGUGUUUCCUUUGAUGUUACACAAAAACUCUGUUAACAAGUUCUCCUUCGAGAGCUGUAAGUUCCGCGUCCAGAAAUCCAAAGAGGGCACAGGUCGUGUGGUAAUGUGGAUGAUGGGUAUCGCCAACAGCUAUACCAUGGAGGCCUCCUUCGCAGGAUCCAUGUUGGGCAACCGGGCAGACACCCACUUCUCCACUUUGGACUUCGAGCAGAUGGGCAAGUCCUUCUGCCAGACCCUGUUGGACUUCUACGAUGAAGACCCCAAAAAGGAGAGGCUGAGGACAAAGAUCAUUGAAAGAUUGUCACAGGAAGGUUCUAAUGCUGAUGAACCAACUAACAUAAGACUGAGUGAUUAUUCUAGCGAUGAAGGUGAUACAUCAAGCAGCAGUGACGAAGUAGGCCGAGAUGACGACACUCCAGUUCCUUCAGGACCGCCACCUUCACCGAUAGUCAAAGCAACACUGAAGCUUUCAUUGUCAGACAAAGAGACCAACUCCGACUCAUCUAGCAGUGAUACUGAAACUGAGUCGAAGAGCAAAACCAAGAAAAAGAGGCGCAGAAGAAGGAGAAAGAAGGUAAUAUCCGAUUAUUAAAGGUACAUGCAUCUUAUCGAUCCUUUAAUGCACACCUUUCCAUUUCCUCCCUAGAAGAAAAAGAAGAAUACCGAAGAAGACUAUAUCAUUAUCCUGCAGUUCCAGGUAAAUCCCGUUAUCCCUUCCCUUUUCCUUCCGAAUCACCUCUAGUGCUAUCAGAAGAAGGAAUCCGACAAAUUUAAUAGUAUGUCGAGAUUAUAGUUACGAAUCUUUUACAUCAACAUUUGUGAUGAGACAACUCGAGACCUGGGCUACUUUGUAUGAUCUACAAAUGUAUUCUUUAUAUUUAUCUGUUACUUGAGAUAUGUAUAAUAUGCAGUUGAUAUUUUCUCUGAUGCUUUUAUCUACUGAAAUAUGUUGUGGUGACUGUAUUACUGUUGAGAAACAGAAGGCUGCUCAGGUGUCGCAUCCACCAAAAAUCCAAAAGAUGUAAUAUAGUUCAACUUAUAGUAUAAUUGCUUCUUCAGACAUUGCAGGAAUUGUCGGAUAGCGAAAUCCAAAUAAGAAGGCCUCAAAAGACAAUAUCAGUGUUCGAUUUAAUUCCAGCGGAUUCUUUGAAGUCAACAUAUUAUGUCAAACGGCCAAGGACACCUCAACCAGCAAAGCGUGUGCCGGAGAAGAAAUGUCAAAUAACUGCUCAGCUGGCUGAGGUUCAGGCGAAGCUGUAUACUCUAAAGAAUAAGUUGUGGUUUGGGACAGGGAACGGUGACAUACCCAUCUCUUGGGGUACUGAGAGUUUUCUUUUAUCCUCCAGUAAGUCGACUUCACUUCAAAAGAAGAAGUUGGCGAAAGUAAUUUCUAAAAAGUGUUCGGAGAAGAAAACAUCGAAAGAUUCUAAAAUCAAAGUGGAACCAAAGGAAAAGGAACAGAAAAAUCAAAAUGGCUUGAAAAGACAAGCUGCUCUGGAAUGGCGUGUUCAGGAAAAAGUAUACAUCCGUAAGUCAAAGAGCCUACCUGAUAAUACUUCCCUGUCGUCUUCGAAGAAGUCACUGGUCAUUGGGGAGGAAGAGAAGGUGAUAGACAAGAAGAAAAAGAAACGACGACCGAAACUGUCGAAAAAAGCCAAGGCGAUUGUUAAUGCGAAGUUUUUGAUUAAAAGUGCUAAAGACUGAUCCAUCGUUUUUCAUUGAGAUCAACUGUACUGCCGUAGAUGUGAUAAUGUAUUUCAGAAAUAUAGAUGAACUUUUCAA